GUGAAGAUAUUGGACAGCGAGAAUGCAAAGAAGAGCAAAGAAGUGGAGGAAUUGCAGUCCCAAAUGGCUACGAACGAUCAGCGUGGGGAGGAGAGCAGGAAGGAAUCCUUUAUCCUGAAGCAGAAGAUUGUAGAGACAGAAACUGGCCGUGAAUCAGCUCGCAAAGAGGUUGCCAACCUCCAGAAGAAGGUCAUGGAUGUGGAAAAUGCGUUCAAAGCUCACGAGAAAGAGCUCCUUAAACAGCUGGAUGAUUGCCGUGUGAAUGAGAAGAAAUUUCAAGAAAACAGUCGUAAUCUGGAAAUGAAACUGCAACGUGCCAAGGGGGAAGCAGAUGAGUUAACACUAAAAGUCAGUGCCAUGGAAGGCCGUGUAACAGGUCUAGAAACAGAACUGGCCAAAGUAGAGUCUGCCAAAAAGGAUAUGGAGUGCAAGUUGGGCAGUUUGUACUCCACACUACGCAGAACUUUGGGAAUUGGCCGAUCUGGACGCACAGCCAGUCCAGGAUUUUCCAGCCGUAGCCCUUCUCCACGGAGACCCCUCUCUCCCACCAAAGGUUUUGACAACACUUACACCACUACCACAGAUGGACGGGGCAGUCCAAUCCCACGAACUGGAUCUCCGGAUCGGAGUCACACGGACUGUCCUUACCGCUCUGUGUCACCUACCCGUGCUGAACCAUACAUGGCUGACAUCGAUCCUGAAAUCGUUAAAAGUGCCCUGCAAGAUUUCCUGCAGGAACUUCACGACACGCAGAGGCACAGGGAUGAAACUUGCCAUCAGCUGGCAGCCCUGGCACGGCAGCUGGCAGAGAUGGAAACAGACCGUGAGCGGACCAGCGCACGUGUUCUGCAUCUUCAGAAAUCCUUCACCGAGGCAGAAGAAGGGAAGCGAGGAUUGGAUGGGCGGUUGAGUCAGGCUCAAGCUACACUCAUGCUGCAAGAAGAGACUAUAAGACGUGGAGAAAGAGAAAAGAAGGCCCUGGCUGAACAGGUGGUCACGUUGGAAUGGAGCCUGCAGUCAUCCGAGGGCGAAAGGCGAGCGCAUCAGGAGAAGAUCAAUAAGAUGAAGGCAAAUGAGACAAAGCUGGAAGCUGACAAACGCAAGCUGAAGGACCUGCUGGAAGUGUCUGAGAAUCGUAUUACCAAGUUGGAGCUCUCAUGGCGUUCCUUAGAGGGGGAAAUGCAGAGAAUGCAGUUGACACUGAAUGACCGCGAGACAGAGGUCCACGUUCUUCAGGACCGGGUAGAGAUGCUCCAGCGGCAAGUGGCUGAUAGUGAGACAAAGGCCACCGCCCUCCAGCUAACCCUCGACCGACUGUCGAUGACCCUGGCCAAGACCGAGGAGGGUGAGAGCCACCUGAAGGACAAGGUGCAGAGUCUGUCGCUGUCUCUCUCAGACACGACCGCCAGUGCAGCGGUGCUACAGGAGCAGAUUUCUAAACUUCAGAAGGCUCUAACCUCCAGUGAACAGGAUCGACGGCUACUUCAG